GCCCGGAUGUCAGUCUCUAUCAUCUAGUUACCUACCUAAGGUAUGUAGAGAUCAAGCCUAUACGAACGUGUCGCGGUAACGUGCAUUAGUUAGCUCCCGAAAUCCUGACUGGUAGCCACUUAUCAUGCAGUUGGAAAGACCAUUGAGUCUAACAACGGGUAUAACAUUAUCGUGAGUUGAGUCUAUUUCAAUUCCAGGUUUCAACAACGAACCCGUCGAUAUUGUCUCUGUUGCAGAAAAAGAGAUGGCAAUAUAGUUCAACUUUCGACUCGCCUUAAAAGGUCUUCUAUCUCUAUAUGAAUAAUACAGUUCAAGUACAAUACAAUUUAAUACAAUGCGGACCUAUAAAAUGGGGUUACGGCGGACCGUUAGCGAUUACGGGGGAGCGUUAUCUCGUCAGCCCCCAACGAGUCUGCAAGUUGAUAGAUUAUCAAUCAAUCACCGCAGAAUCCUUCAAUUGCGUGAUAGUUGGUAUGCACAUCAAUUUCGCAGGAUCCUUUUCGCCUUGCUCGCGACAAAAUAGAACGUAGUUGGGUUUUUUUAACCCUUUUUCUUUCUCUUGUAUAACUAUACUUCGAUUUUUGUAAAGUCUUCUGAAUCCAAGGCCAAUGUCUUCCAACGACACUGCGCCCACCUUUAUCGAUGGGGCCUCGGAGACGACACCUCUGCUUAAGAAAGACGUUUCUGUAGUGAGCGUCUCGGCUCAGAGCCAAUCUAAUGGCACGUCUUCGAGCUCAAGCAACUCCGUCGCCAGUGAUUUCCCGGAGAAUGAUGUGGAAAAUGGCCGGCCAGACGGCUCUGCGCCAACCGGGAGUGCGCCAAAAUUGAAAGUAAACAUGAAGGCGCUCCUACCGGCGCUUGCCAUUGGUAUAUUUAUGGUGGCGUUAGACCAGACGUUAACUCUCGCCACCUACGGCAAGAUGGGUAGUGAUCUCAACGCCUUGAACUCGACGAGCUGGAUCUCCACCUCGUACUUCUUGACGCUGACGGUAUUUCAACCCCUAUACGGCCGGUUGUCUGACAUCUUCGGCCGCAAGGAGUGCCUGCUGUUUGCCUACGCCGUCUUUGGUAUUGGCUGCCUCGGCUGCGGACUAUCCCGCGAUAUCGUCGAGCUAUGCGCGGCCCGCGCCAUAGCCGGCGUCGGUGGCGGCGGCAUGAACGCCGUCGUAACUAUCCUGGUCACGGAUCUCGUGUCUCUUAGGGACCGCGGCCUCUUUCAGGGCUACAUCAACAUUGUGUACACCGCCGGCAUGGCAUCCGGCGCACCAAUCGGUGGUCUAAUUGCCGAUACUAUCGGCUGGCGAUGGGCGUUCGCGGGCCAGUUCCCGCUAUCACUCGUCGCGUGGCUAGCUGUGUUCUUCGUCCUCGACCUGCCCAGGACGGACCACGCGCACUGGACGCACAAGGUGGCGCGCAUCGACUUCCUCGGGGCCUUCACCCUGGUCUCCGCCGUGUUCGCGCUGCUGUUCGGCCUCGACAACGGCAGCAACGAGGGCUGGAGCCGGCGCGUCACCGUCGUGCCCCUCGCCCUGACCCCGCUCCUCUUCGCCCUGUUCCUCUUCAUCGAGAUCCGGGUCGCGGCCGUCCCCUUCGCGCCCGGCCACGUCAUCCUCGACCCGCCGCUGCUCGCGGUGUACGGGGCCAACCUAUUCAGCCUCGCCGCGCAGAUGGGCGUCUCCUUCUUCAUCGCCCUGUUCUUCCAGGCCGCCGUCGGCCUCUCGGCUACUUCUUCCGGCCUCAUGUUCCUGCCCAGCACCGUGUUCGGGCUCACGGGCUCGCUGGGCAGCGGCAUCAUCAUGCGCCGCACGGGCAAGUACUACUGGAUCACGGUGAUCGGGUACGUCCUGGUGGUUCUCGGCGUAGCUCCCGCGGUGUCCUUCUCGGGCGCGGUGGUCAAGUCUACCGCGGGAGUCAUAGUGGGCCUGUGUAUCAUGGCGCUCGGGUCUGGUACUUCCAUCACCAGCACGCUCAUCGCCAUCAUCGCGAACGCGAACCCGUCCGACUCGGCGGUGGCCAUCGCGUGCUCGUACCUGUUCCGGUCGCUGGGCACGACGCUGGGCGUCAGCAUCUGCACGGCGGUCCUGCAGCAGGUCCUGCGCACGCGGCUGGCGGCGGCGCUGGGCGGCGACGGCGACCGCGCGCGCGAGAUCGAGGAGGGCGUCCGCCAGAGCCUCGACUACAUCCGCACGCUCGACCCCCCCGUCGCCGAGCUCGUCCGCGCCUGCUACGCUGUCGCCGUCCAGUGGGCGUUCCUCCCUGUCGGCAUCCUGGCUGCCGCCGCGUUGGUCUCGUCCUCGUUUAUUAGGGAGAAGAAGCUUGAGGGCCGGUAGGUUGGCUGUUAGGUACGAAACCUAGGUACCUAGGCAUAUAAGUAGGUACCUACCUGAUCUAAGGUAGCUUAUAUACAUACCUAGGUAUAUAUGCUUAUUGCUUAUGUCACACCCUUUAUAAAGUUAAGAAGAUGGGGAAAGGGGAAGUGGCGAAGAAGGACGAAAGGAAAAGGGGGUCUG